UCUUUUCCGGGUCGAGAAAGUUAGCACACCCACGAAUGUGAGCUAGCGGGCCCCAAGUCGUUCAUUUAGAAACCUCCCAAGGACCAUUAAUCCGAUUUUUAAACGCGUACAAUACAGAACAUUCAAGUGUAUCAUUCCGUAACCAUAUGACACAGCGAUGCCGGCGCUCAGCUGUCGAUUUUACCACCACCGGUUCCCGGAGGUGGAGGACGUUGUGAUGGUGAAUGUCAGGUCCAUCGCCGAGAUGGGCGCUUACGUCAGCCUCUUGGAGUACAACAACAUCGAGGGCAUGAUCCUCCUCAGCGAGCUGUCCCGUCGGCGUAUCCGCUCCAUCAACAAGCUCAUCCGCAUCGGCCGCAAUGAGUGCGUGGUCGUCAUCCGAGUCGACAAAGAGAAGGGAUACAUUGAUUUAUCCAAAAGAAGAGUUUCACCAGAGGAGGCCAUCAAGUGCGAAGACAAAUUCACCAAAUCCAAAACUGUCUACAGCAUCCUGCGGCACGUUGCCGAGGUGCUGGACUACAGUAAGGACGAGCAGCUGGAGGACUUGUACGAGCGCACCGCCUGGGUGUUCGAUGAGAAGUACAAGCGGCCGGGAUACGGAGCCUACGACGUCUUCAAGCAGGCCGUCUCAGACCCGGCCAUUCUGGACUGCCUGAAAUUGACGGACCGGGAGAAGGACGUGCUCAUUGACAACAUCAACAGGCGACUCACUCCGCAGGCCGUCAAAAUCCGAGCAGACAUUGAAGUGGCGUGCUACGGCUACGAGGGCAUCGACGCCGUGAAGGAGGCGCUGAGGGCCGGACUUGGCUGCUCCACGGAGGCGAUGCCCAUCAAGAUCAACCUGAUCGCUCCCCCCCGCUACGUGAUGACCACGACCACUCUGGAGCGCACGGAGGGCCUGUCCGUCCUCAACCAGGCCAUGGCGGCCAUCAAGGAGAAGAUUGAGGAGAAGAGGGGCGUCUUUAACAUCCAGAUGGAGCCCAAGGUGGUGACGGACACGGAUGAGACCGAGCUCGCCCGGCAACUGGAGCGGCUAGAGCGGGAGAACGCGGAGGUGGACGGAGACGACGACGCGGAGGAGAUGGAGGCCAAGGCGGAGGACUAGAUCCGGUCUGCAAAGCAAACUACAUGAGGAGAGAUGUGGACAGACCUGGCCACAGCCCCCCCCCCACCACCCACCUCACCCCUCCAGUCCAUCAGAUGUUAACUUUCACAUUGCAAACACUGGCGUUAGUAGUUCAUUGGCAAACGUCCCCGGUUGGCCGCAGCACAGCGAGCUCUCGUCCCGUGCAGAUAUCGAGGGAAGGUUGAGUUACAAAGCUAAACAACAAUAUAGUUUCUUUUUAAAAUUACAUCAAUUUGAAUAAAUCUAAAAAAUAAAAGCAGCUUCUUGAGGAGUGGAGCCCAGUGUCUUCAGUGUCCAUGGCGCUUAACCUCUGGCGUGCGAUUGGUUCAAAGGGGAGAAGCAAAGGCUCGUCAGGUGGGACUUAUGUGCUUUUUUUUUUUUUUUCCAGUUAGGUUUUUACUGGCAAAAACUGUUUAGAUCACAUGACAUCAAUAAAGUUCUGGAAGUUUUGAUCUUAA